UUGGCUUCACUUUAUAUAUAUCGAAUAUCACCACCACGUGUCUUUGCACAAUCCAGAGAAUCAUGGACAUUGAUUGAGAUCUUGUUUUGUUUGAAUCGGCAUUGCCGAAGGCGAGGGUUGCGGUUUUCUGAAUGGACUCGAUCAUUGAAUAUCACAAGCAGACACCGAAACUGAGGAAGUGUACUAGCCAAGUUCAUACUCUUGCGCCCAUUGAACAGUUCCGUGGUGUUUGAAGUUUGACGGUUUUAAUUUGUUUAAUCAGAGGCUCUUUAGAGGCGAAUCAAUGGGUGCCAGCUCCAGCUUGGAUCGUGUCGCCCAAUCCCAGGUUGGGUGGACCUUGCCGCACCAAACGGGAAGCAAUGCGUGGACAAAUUAUGUGAUGUCUCGAUAUGGCAUUGGCUAUUCCGUCACAGGCGUUUCUGCAAGCUUGGCUUUGCCAAGGCUGCUGCGGAGGCGGAUGCAGGAUUGGGUGGUUGAAAACCUCGCCUUUUACUUUGGAAGGGACUUCUUAUCCUUCGGCCGCAACCUGCAAUCACUCUCGCGUGAAGGUUCGGCGAUGUUCUACGGUGUUGACAUACGGCUGGGAACACAUGAGUCCAGCUGGUUCUACUGCAAGUCCACCGAGUGGCUGCUGCAGCUGCACAAAGCCGUUUUGGAACCCCUGCAUGGCCAGCUUGAAAACGGAGGGGAUCAUCGAUUUCCUGGAAGAGCCUACUAUUUAGGGGACGAGCCACCUCCUGCCGCUGUUGCUGCGAAUGGCUCUCGUGCAGCGAACCGCCCAGCCAAGAAACCUGAUUCUGGUGAAGGGCAAACCGAUGAAGCCAAAGAUAGCUCAUCCCAUCAAGGUCAAAGUUGCGACAGAGAGCAAACCUCAGAGUCCUUUACGCAUCAACUCUGCAUUUUUCUGGGAAAUGCUGACGGACAUGUUGGUUUGCUGACCUUACCGAUUCCGGACAACAAGGUUCAGGAAUUGGCCCCUGUUCUGGAGAUUUGGAAGGAGUAUGAAGCUCCUUGCAUCAGAGCAGGACAGACUUGGACGAGUGAGGAGGAUUUCUUGAGGCUUCGUGAAGAGCAUGUCAACCUGCCAGACUUGUUGCUACUUGCAUUGGAGCCGGACGUCGCCAUGUCGUUGACCCCUGACUGGACUUGGGAAAAGUACCCUCGCGGAUAUGGGGAGGUAGCGCUGCCUCUCAGUGGACACCCAGAUGGUGAUGAACCACUCAUCGUGAGUUCCACUUCAAACUCUUCGAUCGGCUCUGACACUUGAGCGAUCAUGGCUGGUUCCCAAUGCUUUACGACCGGGGAUAGAUCGAUGAGCGCAGUCGAAGCCGUGCAUUUCGGUCCCGAAAGGUGACUGGAGUUUUCCCACGGAAUUGGUGCGGCUGAAACA